AGGUGUUAUAUUGUCACCUUCUUCGAAAAUGAUGUCCUCUAUGAGUCCCUACGAUCGCCCUACUGUCGAGGAGUCCCCCAAGGCCUGGUCGUCAUCCCCCACAAACAGCUCCUAUUCUACUGUCUGUUCUACUCCUACUAGUAUUAGUUCAGGAGACUAUUACUACUAUGAUGACAGGCAGUGUAUGGUCAUUCUAGAUUGGGAUGACACCAUUAUGCCUACUGGGGUCCUCACGGAUCAUGGAGGAAAGUUAACCAUCUCGAGUGUAUACACGUCAGUGGUUGAGGGGUUCCUCACCCUCCUACUCCGUCUUACUCGAGGUAACGUCUGCGUGCUAAGCUCUAGUACAGAGGGUUGGGUACGGGAGAGCUGUUCCCUCUACCUUCCUCGGCUACUCCCCCUAUUGGAUCGCAUCAAUGUGGUACAUGUACCCAAAAACCACUUGACGAGAGGGAUCAAGCAAAAGGAGGCGUCAGCUGUUAAAGUGGUCAGCCAGUGGUACUCACAAAUACCUAGAGGGAGCGGAGCAUCGCAGGUGCUAUUCAUUGGCAACCAACCAGGUGAUGUAAGUCCAAGUGCUAUGAUCCGUACUCUCCUUCCCAACACUUCUGUCAAGACGUGUAUGCUCAAGGCUUCUCCAACCAUCCAGGAUAUCCAACGUCAAAUGACGUAUUUAUAUUAUUCAUUGAGAAGUAUCUUGGUUGGUGAAGCUGAAGCCUACUCUGUGGUUGAUGCCUGCUCAGAAGAUGUUUUAGACUUCUAUGCUGCCGAUAUUGAUCGCAGGUUAUGCAGUACUUCCGAGCAACAGAAACAGCAGCCCAAUGAUGAUGGAGUAUCUCAUUGAGUUGAAGACAGAAGGUGCUCAGCGACGUCUUGGUAUUCGUAUGAUACCAUAAUUCAUUCAACUUCUCUUUCAUUUGAGAAGUAUCUGUAGUAGUGAUGUAAAGUAGUUGUAGAAGAUGAUAAUAUCAAGACUGCUGAGAAGAGUGUAUAACAAUCAUACCACUCCUUUCGUAACAUAUGAUGAUAACUUCAAUUUCAUAUAUUCUCAGUAG